CACAUUAUCAUCAUCCAUCCAUCUCUCAUUCUCUAGCUUCCUCCUGUGUGUUGGAGUAUACAACAACGUUGUAACCUCUUGUCGAUCUCCAAGUUUCUAACUACAUCCCCACUUACUAUUCUCCCUACUGAUCCGACCGCGACAUCCAUCCAUCCAUUCUAGCUAGCUUCUUUUGCCGUUUUGUCUUGUCUUAGCUAGUAUCUAUAUAGGAUCAGACCUUCUAUUUGGCUUUCCAGCUAGCUACAUAUAUGAGCAUGAAUGCUUCCCUGAGCUGAUCAUCAUCAUCAUCAAAUUAUAAGUUGCAGAGAAAAGACCUUCGAGAGGUUUGAGCAGAGAGAAAAGAGAUCGUCAAUGGAUGGCGGCGGGGGCGGCGUGGUGACGGUGGGUCGGGCGGAGAUCGAUACGAGGGCGCCGUUCCGGUCGGUGAAGGAGGCCGUCGUCCUCUUCGGCGAGAAGGUGCUCGUCGGAGAGCUCCACGCCGGCCGACGCAUCACCCAGACCCAGAAUCGAGAGGCCGCUGCACCAAAACCAUGUGUCAAGUACCAAGCCGUCGCCCCCACGGCCAGCAUCCUGGCCGCCGCACGGCCAGUGCCGGUGCCGAUGCCGAUGCUGAUGCCGGCGCCGGUGGCGAAGACGACAAGGGAGCUGGACGCGGCGAAGCAGGAGCUGGAGAAGGAGCGCGAGGAGAAGCACAAGAUGGCCGGCUGCAUCCAGUCGCUCCAGGAUGAGCUCAGCAGCGCCAUGAGCGAGCUCAAGAAGCUCAAGGCCGCCGCAGCGCGCCACGAGGAGGAACCCAAGGCCGUCAUCGACCUCCAGGUCGAGGACCUCAAGUUCAUGGAGAUCGAAGACAAGCAGCAGCAGCAGCCGCCGAGCGCCGCCGCCGAGUUCCAGAAGAAGAGGUACGUGACCUUCGCGGACCCGCCGGCGGCCUCGCCGCCAUUGCCGGACGUGGUGCUGGAGCUGCAUCAUCCCCAUCAGCAGCAGCAGUACUAUACUCCGGCGGGGAGGCCGCAGUACCGCGAGGUGCGGUUCAGCAGGCAGGUGUCGGCGGGGCCGGAGGCGGUGAAGAAGCUGGCGGCGGCGGCCGUGGUGGCGGAGGAGGAAGGGAGGAAGAAGAAGAAGAAGCCGCUGAUCCCGCUCGUGGGGGCGCUCUUCAUGAGGAAGAAGAAGACCAGCGGCAGCUCUGGAUCCGGCGGGCACCAGGAUGGCGGCUCGUCGGCGGCCAAGCCGCGCCCAUCGUUUUGAACCCUUGUACUCGCUCCAUUCCGAAUGAAUUAACUGACAUGAAUUUGUAUACGAAUCUAUACAAAUCCACGUCAAUUAAUUCGGAACUAUAUUAAUCUAUACUCCCUCCGUUUCUAAAUACUUGUCGUGGUUUUAGUUACACUAUAAAACCGUUGGCCGUCAGAUCUUGUAUUUACGUACGGUUGUAGUCUCAAUAAACAUUCAUCACAGCACGCACAAUCAUGCAUGUAUAUUUUUGUUCAGCAAUAUACAGAAAAAAGAACGUGGGAUUUGUAUGGCUAAUGUA